AUGAACGCAAUUUUCAAAGAUAACAAGGAAGGAAAGAUAUGGAGGGCGCUUACGCCGUUCAAGAGCAGAUUUUCUGGUGUAGUGCUUUCUCUUGACGGGGGUAGAGAAAUAGUUCGUCACGAAUCGCCAAAUGAGCCUGGAAAGCGUAGCAGAUUGUGGUUUCACAAAGAUGUUUACCGUGUUCUAACUGAAAAUACAUUGGUUAUCUCCAAUGAUUUGAGAUUCCUUGAUUGGCCUGAAUGUCCAUUAAAAGCUUUGCCUUCCAGCUUUAAUCCAAAGAAACUUGUUGAGCUCAAACUGCGUGACAGUCGUAUCGAACAACUGGGGAAUGGAUUCAAGGUUUCCAAGAGGAGUCAAGUUGAAAUCUCUGACACUUACUAUUCUUAUGAUUGCAAAAAGCUUGAGUAUUUCCCCGAAAUUUUGGCAAAGAUGGAAUGCACAACAAGAAGAAUCUAUCCGGCACUGCCAUCAAAGAGUUGCCUUCAUCAAUUAGAUAUCUCGUUAAUCUUCAAGACUUAG